ACACAGCCUUCAAACCCAGUUUGGGGUGCCAUUUAUAAGCCCUCAAAUGCAUCAUUUCCAACUAUUCUGCAAGCAUAUGCUAAAAACCUUAGGUUUUCAACACCAAAGCCUCUAGCUAUUGUAACUACCAUGCAGGAAUCGCACGUCCAAGCCACUGUUAUUUGUGCCAAAAGCCAGGGCCUGCAGAUUAGAAUCGGAAGCGGUGGCCAUGAUUAUGAGGGCCUCUCUUACGUUUCUGAGAUCCCUUUCGUUGUGCUUGACAUGUUCAAUCUCCGUUCAGUUACUAUAAUGUUUGAUGUUUCCAACAAGACUGCAUGGGUUGAAGCUGGAGCAACCAUUGGCGAACUUUACUAUAGGAUCGCCUAGAAAACCGUUUCCUAUGGCUUUCCGGCCGGGGCCUAUCCGACUCUUGGAGUUGGGGAACACUUUUCUGGAGGUGGGUACGGGAACUUGAUGAGAAAAUACGGUCUCGCUGUGGAUAACAUAUUCGAUGCGCGAUUGGUUGACGUGAAUGGUACAAUCCUGAACAGAGAAUCCAUGGGGGAGGAUUUGUUUUGGGACAUUAGAGGUGGAGGUGGAGGUAGUUUUGGAGUAAUCCUUUCAUGGAAGAUCAAACUGGUCUUCAAUGUACCAAGAACCUUAAACCGGGCCUCAACAGAUACUGUUUAUCAAUGGCAACAAGUUGCCCAGAAGUUGCGCGAAGAUCUAUUCAUAAGGGUGAUGAUACAAGUUGUUAAUGGAAGUCAUGAGGGAGUGGAAAAGACAAUUCGAGUUUCAUUUUUAGGCUUCUUAGUGGAACCAACAAGCAGACUUACUGAAAUAGCGAGCGACAACUUCCCCAGAUUGGGGUUGCAGCCCAAAGAUUAGAGGAUGAGUUGGAUGGAAUCCACCGUCUUCUAUCCAGGCUUUCCUAGAGGAACUUCCAUAGAGGUUUUGCUACGCAGGCCACAGAAUGGGUAAACGUUUUCCAAAUGCGAAUCUGAUUACGUGAAACAACCCAUUACUAGAGAGGGCUUAGAAUCCAUAUGGAAGAUGAUGGUUGAAUCAGAGAGGAUUUUUAUGUUGUGGAAUCCUUAUGGAGGAAAGCUGGAUGGGAUUUGGGAAUCUGAAACUCCCUUCCCACAUUUUAAGAUAUGGUAUGAUGAUGGAACCCAGCAUUUGAUGAGAAAUUUUUACAAAAGAAUGACACCAUUUGUGUCAAAGUCUUCAAGGGAAGCAUAUGUCAACUACAGGGAUCUUGACAUUGGUAGCAAUCCAAGUAUAGUACAGACAGACUUUGUAGCAAAGGGUUUGGUUUAUGGGAGGAAAAAUUAGAGGCUAGUGCAAGUCAAAACCAUGGUUGAUCCUCGUGACUUCUUCAAACAUGAACAGAGUAUUCCGGUAUUGCUUCAUGAUCUUUCUGCUACGGAUAAGAAACGCCAUGGAGAAUAUGAUAAAAUAGUUGAUGGGGACCGGUUGACAAGUAAAGGUUAUGCAAAAAUAUAUAACCCAUUUCUUAUUAUGAUAUGUAUGCUGAUACAUCGGUUAGUAUUGAGAGACCAGUAA